ACACCACACAGCAUCGGCACUGAUCACACUGACUCCAGUUUUAUCCUCACGCUCUUUCGGGGAAAUCCGCACGUCGAUGGAAAAAGCGAGAAGAUGAUACUUUGAAGAGGGUGGACAUGGAAACCCGACGCUGAGUUCCUUUAAUUGUUGACCAUAAGACACCAUGGCCAAACAGUACGAUGUGCUGUUCAGACUCCUGCUGCUCGGGGACUCCGGUGUCGGCAAAACCUGUUUAUUAUGCAGAUUCACGGACAAUGAAUUUCAUCCCUCUCACAUUUCCACCAUCGGUGUCGAUUUCAAAAUGAAGACCUUAGAGAUAGAUGGCAUUAAAGUACGGAUACAGAUAUGGGACACAGCGGGUCAGGAGAGAUAUCAGACCAUCACUAAGCAGUACUACAGAAGAGCACAGGGUAUAUUUCUGGUGUAUGACAUCACAAGCGAGCGCUCGUUCCAGCACAUCAUGAAGUGGGCCAGUGAUGUAGAUGAGUACGCCCCUGAAAAGGUGCAGAAGAUACUUGUUGGGAACAAAUCUGAUGAACAAGAGAAGAGACAAGUAGCUACAGAACAGGGAGAUAAGCUUGCCAAAGCUUAUGGAAUGGACUUUUUUGAGACAAGUGCCUUUACCAACCACAACAUUACAGAGUCUUUCACCCGACUGGCUGAAUUAGUAUUACAAGCCAACAAGAAGGAUCUUGAUUUGCUGGGAGGAUCAUUGAAUGACGAGUUGAAUCUGGCUGAUUUGGAGGAGCAGGAAGGUUUGUGUAAUGUUAGCGACGACACUCGAAAGUCCUGCUGGUGCUGAGGACGGAAGGUGACAUGACUACUUCAGUUCAGUUGGAUAUUUACGUUGUAUUUAUUAUUCAUUUCACAAGGUAUCGUAGAACGGUGUUUGGUGCCUUUAAAUGGCUCAUUUCCUGCUGUCUCUUAUAAAUAUUAUUUAUUUUAUAGUCAGUAUAAAUUAAGAUGACACUGAAUACUUGUAUAUGAAUAUUUUUCAGUUGGAAAAAAAUGCACCAGUACAUCUAUUUUGUUAUGCUUAUUCAAGCCACAUGUUUAGACUCAGCUAUGUGUUUUCUUACUGAUCAAAUAUUAAGAAGAGGUUGAUUUAAGGUGGCAUUGACAACCUGUGUCUUAUUAAACAAGAUUGUAUGCCUGGAGCAGCCAUUUAAAAUGGAAUAUUCUCUCUUGCGUUACCCUGUUGAACUUCAUAUGAAUAUAUCCAGCUCUCAUUUGACUUUCUAUAAAAUUCUCCCAACUCUAAAACCUUGACCGCAAAUACUCAACCUUUACUGAAUGAUCUUUCAAGAUAACACAUUUAUUCUUGGGUGACACAUUUAUGAAGCUAGUUUCUCACGUCGGUGUCACAAUAUGAGCUUCUUUUCACUGUAAAACAUAUCGUCAUUGCACUUGCUGCUUAAAGGUUUUAGUUCACUGUGAUUGCAGAUGAAUCUCAUUAUUAUUAUUAUUAUUAUUAUUUUAUUAUUAUUAUUAUUAUUAUGAGGUUGUUAUAUGACAAUGUUAUCUUCUACCAGUACAUCAUCAGGCACUUUUCCCUCAUCUAUAGUCUAUAUUUAGCAGAUUUAGGAUAGUUGGAAUGUUUCAACUUUUACUCCAUUUCUGAUCCUGCUUUAGUCGACACGUUUUACAUCCCAACUUGAUUGAAAUGUAUAUGCAGAAUGAUCUACAUGGGUCGGUGUUGCUAAAGAUUCAAUGUAUAUUACACUAUUAUGGCAUUUCUAUGUGUAAAUGGUAUUGUACUAUGUUGAUUUAAAGGAACUCUUGAACAAUGCUGAUGUGUUUUACCUGUGUUAUAUAAGAACUUGUUGAAAUAUGUCCACAAAAAAGGGGAGAAAAAGAAGUUGAAAUGCGUAUAUGUGGUUAUUUAUAUUGAACUGUGAUAUUGUGGUUCUCUUCUGUGGGGCAGAUAUUUAUGAAUAAACGUUUCAUU